AUGGUCAAAGGAUUAACUCCCCAAAGCACCGCAGUGGCGCAGUUAGGUCUAGGUCACUCUUACUCCCGAGCCAAGGUUAAGUUCAAUGUCAACCGUGUGGACAACAUGAUAAUCCAGAGUAUCGCUCUUUUGGACCAAUUGGACAAGGACGUUAAUACUUUUAGCAUGCGUAUCCGCGAGUGGUACUCCUACCACUUCCCAGAAUUGGUUAAAAUCGUCCCCGAACAUUACACUUACGCGCGAGUAGCUCAAUUCAUUAAAAAUCGCAAAGAUCUAAAUGCCGACAAAAUGGCGGAUCUUGAAGAAAUUGUAAUGGACAGUGCUAAGGCUCAAGCAAUUCUUGACGCUUCCAAAUCUUCCAUGGGUAUGGACAUCUCCCCAAUAGACUUGAUAAACAUUGAAAUGUUUGCUGGUCGCGUAAUUGCCCUUGCUGAUUACCGAAAACAGCUUGCGGAGUACUUGCGCAGCAAAAUGGCCGGUGUGGCGCCGAAUCUUGCGACGCUUAUUGGCGACCAAGUGGGCGCUAGGCUUAUUGCGCAUGCUGGAUCGCUGACUAAUCUUGCCAAGUAUCCAGCUUCUACUGUUCAGAUCUUAGGAGCGGAAAAAGCUCUAUUUAGAGCACUGAAAACUAAAGGCAAUACUCCUAAGUACGGACUACUCUUCCACUCGACCUUUAUUGGGCGAGCUGGAGCUAAAAAUAAAGGAAGAAUCUCUAGAUACCUUGCCAACAAAUGCAGUAUCGCUUCUAGAAUUGAUUGCUUCACUGACGCGCCAUCUUGCGUUUUUGGCGAGAAACUUAGGCAGCAAGUUGAAGACAGGCUUAAGUUUUAUGAAACCGGCGAUGUUCCCAAGAAGAACAUUGAGGUUAUGAAGGAAGCUUUGGCUGAAGCGGCCCUUGCUAUUGAAGCGGAGGUUAAUGGAAAUGGAGAAGUAGAAGGAGAAAAGAAGAAGAAAAAGAAGAAUAAGAAGAGGAAGGCUGAAGAGGCGGAUAUUGGUCAAGAGGAGGCAGUUAAUGGAGAGGAAAAUGGCGUUGGGAAAGAAAAUGGCGAGAAGAAGAAAAAGAAGAAGAAGAAGAAGAGUGAGGCGGAGUAA